CAAUCUGCAAACGACUGGCUCAGAGGUCACCUCGCCUUCCUCACCAGGAACUCGGCCAGUUACGACAUGGACUCCCUCGCCGCUCAAUUUUACAGCGGCGGCUCGCAGCAGCUGCCCGCCUCUCGCCUGGCUUGCCGCCUUCUCUCCUCCCCUUCGUAGCUCGUAGCUGCUCUCGACCUUGAGCAAGCUCUGGUGUCUAUCCAUGGCCGUUAUUUCUCUUAGGCUGGGGUUCGUGGCCCCGCCUUAUCCUAGGACCAGCAGCGGCAGGUUCGCCUCGUCCUGCCGCGCCGUCGCCAGCGCCGGAGGAGGACCCCCGCGCCCCAUCACCGUCUCCGGCGACCCGCCCAACGUCGUGUCGGCGCCCGGCCGCCGCAUUGUCGCCAUUGGCGACGUCCACGGCGAUCUCUCCCAGACGCGAGCCGCGCUGGUGUUGGCUGGCGUCCUGAGCGCGGAAUCAGAUGGCCAUGUGUGGACAGGCGGGCGCACGGUACUCGUUCAAGUUGGGGACAUCCUUGAUCGUGGUAAAGAUGAAAUCGCCAUACUCUCCCUAUUGAGCUCACUGAACGUGCAAGCCAAAUCUCAAGGUGGCGCUGUGUUUCAGGUUAAUGGGAACCAUGAAACCAUGAACGUGGAAGGUGAUUUCCGAUACGCCGAUCAGGGAGGCUUUGAUGAGUGCAUACGCUUCCUUGAGUACUUGGAUGAGUGUGAUGGGAACUGGGAUGACGCCUUUCUCAGCUGGGUUAACGUCACUGAAAGGAGGAAGAAAGAAUACAGAGCUUCUCCUUGGAACUUUGUCAAGAAGCAGAAAGGGUUUGCUGCAAGAUCAUUGCUUUUCAAGCGAGGUGGCCCGCUAGCUUGUGAAUUGGCACGGCAUCCUGUUGUCCUUAAGGUCAAUGACUGGAUAUUUUGUCACGGUGGCCUUCUUCCUCAUCAUGUUGAAUACGGGAUUGAGCGUAUGAACAGAGAAGUGUCGACGUGGAUGAAAAGUUCAGGUGAAGAUGGCGAUGAUGAGACAGACAUCCCGUUCAUAGCUACUAGAGGUUAUGACAGUGUGGUAUGGAGCCGAUUGUAUUCGCAAGACUCUGCUGAAAGGACACGCCGUGCUUUGAUGCUAUCUUCCAUCAUUGCUGAGGAAACACUGAAAUCUGUGGGAGCCAAGGGGAUGGUAGUUGGGCAUACUCCUCAGAUCCAUGGGGUGAAUUGCAAAUGCGACGGCAAAGUUUGGUGCGUUGAUGUGGGCAUGUCAUAUGGUGUUCUCUACUCAAGACCAGAGGUUCUAGAAAUAGUCAAUGACAGACCAAGGGUUUUGAAGAAGCGGAGGGACUCAUAUGACGAGAUGGAAGUGCUGGACUAUUUAUGAACCUUGAGAAACAUGUCUGGGAAGAAAAUAAUCAUGUUGCUGCAGGUAUAUAAUAGCAAACAUUCUUUUUCCGGAGAGCUACUGUACCGGACAAUUUGGACGGAAGUACAGGAAUGAAAGUUACAGAGAUAUAUAUAAAUUCAACCGAAGGUUUUCUCGACGUGCCAUAUGCUGGCCCACGUGAAGGGGAAGGUUUGCAGCGUAUUUUGCCAAGCUGGUGCAAAAAAUCUUGGUGGUGCUCUCAUUUUCAUCAGCAACAAAGGAUAACUCCAUGGUAGCCUUCUUCAGAGCUGUAGGAUAUCUCCAUGCAACUAUGCAAGUAGUAGUACGAGCUGGGAGGAGACGCGUAAUGAUGCUGAAGCUGCUCGUGUAUGUCAUCUUUAAGAAAAACAUAGUCCUCUUUUUCAUGUGUUACUAUUCAAUAGCUAGAAUCCAGAAGCACUGUAAACAACAUUACACCAAAAUACAGAAGAAAAGCCUACAGAACCAGCUGAAUCUGUUUGGACUUUUAGUAAACAAAGUACCUCUGAUACCUUUCAAGCAAAUUUGGCUUCGGUUUUACUAUGUGUAUCUGUAAAUUCUUCUUUUGAGCAGAAUUAUAUCGUUAGAAGUAGCAACAGUUGGAACCGUGGAAGAGUCUAGUCA